GCAUGUUGAUGUUAAUGUUGUUGAAUGUUCGCCGCGAGUUAGCCUCUUCGGUUUCCAUAAUUUUAUGAAACACUGAUUCAGUUUCACAGCUUGACCUCAGCUGCAGUAUUUUUCUCUUUUGGUCCUGACCUGUGUGUUGGAGGGGAUGCGUCACGAUGAUUCAUCUGCCAGCCGCCGCAAGGGCAAAAUCCCCAAACGUCGGCCCCCGUUGCCUAGCCCAGGAACCUCCGGUUCAACACCCAAGUCUCCAAGACGGAGUAGGGUUUCAAAGCCGCCCCCCGCAUCUCCCAAGAAGAGAAGGUUUCGUCCAGGGACUAAAGCCUUAAUGGAGAUCCGCAAGUUCCAGAAGAGCACCGAUCUUCUGCUCAGGAAGGGACCCUUCUCCCGCCUGGUCCGUGAGGUGUGUGAGAGUUUUUCCAGAGAAUCUCUCAGAUGGCAGGUCUACGCUCUUCUGGCCCUGCAGGAGGCUGCAGAGGCAUUUCUCGUUAUGAUAUUCUCAGAUGCCAACCUGUGCGCCAUCCACGCCAAGCGGGUCACCGUGUUCCCCCGUGACAUCCAGCUGGCCAGGAGAAUCCGCGGGGUGGACAACCUGUAACAACACAGCGCAGAGUGGACAAGCAGGCAACAUCUAGUCUGUCCUCAUGCUGUGAGACUGCAUUUAAUGUGUUCAAAACAUAUAACUGUUCUAAAAGUUCAGUGAUUUUGUGCUAUGUAGAAAUCCUUUGUCCUGGCAGAUUACAGAUUUCAUAAAGAGGUAACAAGGUCAUGUUCAGAUCCUUUGUGUUUGCUUCAAUUCAGUUAUUGAAUUGUUAAUUAAAAAAAAGUUGGAAAAUGUUUCAUGUUGAGCAGCUGUAUUUUUAUACUUUACAUAAUAGAUCUUUUUUGUUAGUGUGAUCUCUGUUGUAUUGAUCUUGA